CAUGUUUCUCUCAUGCCAGCGAUCGAGCAGCAGUACUGGACCUCUCCGAAACCGUUUCUGAUACAGGAUAGCAGCGAUAGCUUACUUGCCUUCACUCUUCAACACAUAUCGUCGAAUCAAAUCACAAGUUGCAUCGGAUUGGAUGAUAAUUUAAUUAUUAAUUAAUGGAGGGCUCAGAAGCCUCAGAUAAAAGAAAGGAAAGAUUGAAAGCAAUGCGCAUGGAAGCAUCUGCGGCGGAGAAGCAAGUUUCUAGUCAUGUAGAAACUUAUACGGGAUCUGGGUUCCUCCCGAAUCCCUUGAUCGAAACCUCCGCUACAACAAUGAUGCAGGAGUCUUCUAAAACUCCGAGGUUUGAUUUUUACACAGACCCUAUGGCAGCAUUCUCUACAAACAAGAAGAGCAAGGCCAGUAACCACAUUGCUCAAGCUGAUGUUGCGCCUACAACUCAUAGUGGAUCUCCUGAAACACGGUUUUCACCUUCAUUUCAAGGAUCUGUAAAUCCUGAAAUGGCUCCCCCUGUUCAUCAAGGGCAACAAAGCUAUUAUUCGCCUCAUCAGAGUUACCAAAGACCCGUUUACUACAGUGGCUUUGCUCCUCAUAGAAGCCCAGCAAGAAUGGGCAGUCCGUUUCCCAUGCAUCAGGGAACCACACCUGGCGGUUGGAACAGACCUGGAAGCAUACCUCCGUUUCCUAUGCAUCAGGGAACCACACCUGGAGGUUGGAAUAGACCUGAGCGCAUACCUAAUUAUGGCUUUCCAUCUAAUGCGGGAGCUGGCACAGUAUCUCCUGAUUUUGGUGUGUAUGGCCCUGGAGUCGAUCAUGGGCAAAGCAGGGGUCAUUGGCUUGGGACUAGUCCAAAUCGUGCUUCGGGACACGGAGGUGGUCCUAGUUCAGGAAGAGGCAGAGGGCACUGGCAUGGAAGCAGCAUGAGCCCAGGUUCUGGACGGAGUGGUGGAAGAGGGCGUGGUUUCCAUCCUCGUGGCCUACAACCUGAUGGUACAUUGGGUCCAGAACGAUUGUACGACAAAUCCAUGGUUGAAGACCCAUGGCAGCAUUUGAAACCUAUCAUAUGGAAGAGUUUAGAUACUCCCGGCACUUCAAAUUCCUGGCUUCCACAAUCUAUCAGCAUGAAGAAGGAGAGGGUUCCAGAAUCCCGCAACAAGACCAGUUCUCAACCAAGCCUUGCGGAAUACCUUGCUGCCUCAUUCAAUGAGGCUGUGGAUGAUGCUGCAGGUGUAUAGUUACUCAGAGUUCUUAGGAGAUGCCACAACAGACUGUGUACUGUGGACCCAUACAGGACUAGGAUCAUAUAACACCUUUAAGAAGUAGUGAAUUACAUAAUCAUCGUUUUUAUGAUUUUUUUUCAGUAGAUCCCCCUUACGCUAUGAUAUAACAAUGUUUUCACUUGUGGUUUGUUCUC